CCUGUCAGCGGCGGCCGGAUCCGCCCCGGCGCGGCGGGGCCCGACUCGCACCCACGACCCCGGGGGCCUCCGCCCUCCCUCCUGGCCUCCAGGCGGCCCCGGCCCUCCCCCGCUCCCCCCCACCCCCCCGCACCCAGAGGAGCGACGCGGGCGGCCAGGACGUCCCGAGAAGGCCGGCCGCCCGCGGCCACGUCCCGGCCCGGCCCGGGCGCGCCGAGGAGCGGAGCCAGGGGCCGGCGCUCGCUCGGGCUCCCUCCCGGCCGCGCCGGCCGCAGCGUCGAGGGCCUACGCCUCCCCUGGCCGGAGCUCCCCGCGGCGCCCGGCCGCUUCCUCCCGCCCCUGCGGCGGGGAGCGAGCUCGCCCACCAGGUCCUCCCGGCCCGGCCCGAACAUGCUGGACGGCCUGAAGAUGGAGGAGAACUUCCAAAGCGCCAUCGAGACUUCGGCGUCCUUUUCCUCGCUGCUGGGCAGAGCGGUGAGCCCCAAGUCUGUCUGCGAGGGCUGUCAACGGGUCAUCUCGGACAGGUUUCUGCUGCGGCUCAACGACAGCUUCUGGCAUGAGCAGUGCGUGCAGUGCGCCUCCUGCAAAGAGCCCCUGGAGACCACCUGCUUCUACCGGGACAAGAAACUCUACUGCAAGUAUGACUACGAGAAGCUGUUUGCUGUCAAAUGUGGGGGCUGCUUCGAGGCCAUCGCGCCCAAUGAGUUCGUCAUGCGGGCCCAGAAGAGCGUGUACCACCUGAGCUGCUUCUGCUGCUGUGUCUGUGAGCGGCAGCUCCAGAAGGGCGAUGAGUUUGUCCUGAAGGAGGGGCAGCUGCUCUGCAAAGGGGACUAUGAGAAGGAGCGGGAGCUACUGAGCCUGGUGAGCCCAGCGGCGUCAGACUCAGGCAAAAGUGAUGAUGAAGAAAGUCUCUGCAAGUCAGUCCAUGGCGCAGGGAAAGGAGCCGCUGAAGACGGCAAGGACCAUAAGCGCCCCAAACGUCCUAGAACCAUCUUGACCACCCAACAGAGGAGAGCAUUCAAAGCCUCGUUUGAAGUUUCCUCCAAGCCGUGCAGGAAGGUGAGGGAGACCCUGGCCGCAGAGACAGGGCUGAGCGUCCGUGUCGUCCAGGUGUGGUUCCAGAACCAGAGAGCUAAGAUGAAGAAGCUGGCCAGGCGACAGCAGCAGCAACAGCAGGACCAGCAGAACACCCAGAGGCUGAGUUCCGCUCAAACAAAUGGCGGUGGGAACGCUGGGAUGGAAGGGAUCAUGAACCCCUACACGGCUCUGCCCACCCCACAGCAGCUCCUGGCCAUCGAGCAGGGCGUCUACAGCUCAGACCCCUUCCGACAGGGCCUCACCCCCCCUCAGAUGCCGGGAGACCACAUGCACCCAUACGGUGCGGAGCCCCUUUUCCACGACCUGGAUAGCGACGACACCUCCCUCAGUAACCUGGGUGACUGUUUCCUAGCAACCUCAGAAGCUGGGCCCCUGCAGUCCAGAGUGGGAAACCCCAUUGACCACCUGUACUCGAUGCAGAAUUCUUACUUUACCUCUUGAGUCUUCCCCUCGAGUUCUGUGGCUGGGCUCCCACACGGACCAACCCUACUAUGUGAGGGGUUGGCCGGCUGUAGGAGGGGGAGGCCAGGGAAGAGGUGGGGUGGGGAGGGAGUUCUGUCGGGGAUGCUGUUGUAUGACGAUCUGAUGUAGCUCGGCAUUUCCAAAGACUGAAUAUACAAUGAUCGCGUAGCUUCAUGUUUCCAAUAAGAGUCUUAGCUUAGGUAUGAAGACGUGUUUCUCAUUAAGGACAGGGACUUUUAAUAUAGACAUUCUCAUGCAAACUAGGUACCUAGAGACUCCUAACAACUUCCCACCGUUUUGGGGAAGCUCUUGUCAAGAGGUGCGUACGUCUACCCAUCCAUAUACCCAUAGACAGACAGACGGACAGAUAGAUGUGUGUGUGAGUGUGUAACCUUCCAUACUUUAUCAUCAAAGUUUAUUCCUAAUUAUGACAGGCACCAACUGUACAGAAAAAGUAACUUUAUUUUCCGUGUGAACUAUAUUUAAGGAAAUGCUUGAUGCACUUAAGUUAUAAAAAUGAGAUAAUUUACUUUUAUAAACUUUAUUUUUAGUUCGAAGAGACUUGUCGGCAGGGCAGAGAGGCCAGAGGCCUGCUCCACCUGGGCCCGUAGCUUUGAGUGCUCGGCUGAGCUUUGAGUGCUUGACUGAGUUCUGUUUUCGAGAGCGUCACGGGGUCUGGAAAGCAGCUCUGUGAGGCUGACCGUAUUCUCUCACGGAUUCUUGCUCUCUUUGGGGCCGAAUCACAGGGCUCGGGUGGGACCGAAAACUCCUUGAUCACGUUCUUAGAAAACGUAAAGCCGAGACUCUUCAGCUUUCUUUUAAAUUCUGACGCGUAGCUGUGGGAGGCAGUAGGAAGGUCAGUUCUGCUCUUGAACUUCAGCAUCUGUGGGUGUGGGAUGAGACUGACAGUAUGUACCUACCUCACUGGGGGACACUGAGGCUUAAUUCACCCCCAGGACACAUGAGCAGGGCUGAAACCAAUAUCCCAUAUUUGUUUAAAAUACCAGACCGGUCACUGGGCAAAGGGGGCUCCGUGGGGCCGCCCGUAGCCCGAACCCCAAGGGUGACUCUCCCUGCUGUGGUCCCUUCUGCAAAGCCUCGGCUGGAGACACCAGCUCAGGGCAGCUCAGGGGGAUGCCAGGGUCCUUCCAUGGGGAGGAGGCUACUGCUGAGCAGAUGGAAGAGGGCAUUGUGGUGUUCUAGAGUGUUCUAGGGUGUUCUAGACACAGGGUGUCUAGAGGGUUCUAGGGUGUUCUCGAGUGUUCUAGGGUGUUCUAGUCAGGAUUGGGCCGACUACGGCCUGCAGGCCUGUGUUUUAUGGCCUGCCAGCUAAGAAUGGCUUUUACAUUUUUAAAGGAUUCUUUAAAAAAAGAAAGAAAAUAUGUGGCACAGCGUAUGUGGCCCAGAAAGCCUGAAAAUAUUUACUACCUAUUCUGUCCGCCUCUUUUCAUAAAAUCUCUGCUGGCCUCUGUUCUAGAGAGUCUAUUUCUUAAACAGCCUUCUGGAGCUCUUAGAGGCCGCGGGGAUCCAGCGAGGACGCAGGGUUCCUCCCUCUGUCUCGCUUUUCGGACUCGGAGCACAGAAGCCCCAGCAGCCAUUGUACACAGGGACACUUCACAGCCUGUUCUCCAGGUGCGGUGCUAGGGGUCCGCUACGUCUGUGCAGGGAUGCCUCCUGAGAAAGCAGACAAGAUGAUGGGGAAGACGGGGGGCGGGGGUGGGGGGGUGGGGAUCAGCCUGGGCUCCUCUGAGGGGGCCGUUCGGGCUUGGCCUCGCUCCUGAGGACGUUCUAGGUCUUCGGAGCCUCGGACACAGAGACUUGUCCCCUUCAUUGUCUGCAAGGCCAGAGGGAACACGCUCCCUUACGGUAGAGUCUGUGUUGUGUGAUUUUUUUGUGUGUGCUCUUGUUUGUAAUUUAUGCAAACCACCAAGAACCCCAAACCAGUCUGGCGAGUAGAAGCCCUGCAGGUGCCCUACCACUCCGCAGGCUUCUGUAGAGAUCCGUCGGAGAGUGUAGCAGAUCCUAUGUGAGUGAGACAAUUAGAGAUCCUUCCUCCACUCGUAAUGGCAUACCGAGAUGAAAUUAAAAACCUCUUACCAAUGA